UUUCUCUUUGCAUACCAACCACACAUACCUCAGGAGCAUUCCUCCUGCUUUUUGUUUUGCUUUGCUUUUCAUUUUUUCCCCUUGCUCUGGCUGGAUUUCCCUCCUGUGAUCCAUUCCCUGCUCCACUCCAUAUGCGUUCCCAUUGCCAUUCCCACUCUUAGCCAUGGAGAGGUGCCUUUCUCAGCAUGCAGGGAGCAGGGCAUUGUGUUUAUUAUCACUCCACGUUCGUUUAGGCACUCAUGCAUGUGAUGUAUCCUGUGCGAUGGCAUCUUUCUGAGAGCUGUAAUUCUGAGGCUUGGUUCCGGAUUUUAAAAUACUCAAUCUGCAAAGGCAGUUCCCCGUGUUUCCUGCUUGCUUUUGCCAAAGCCCUUGAGAUUUCAAGAGGUCAUCUCAGCCAGUUCCUCACAUUCUCAUGCAUCCUGGUCACUUUUUAAGUACCACCUCCUGAGAGCACAGGAACAGGAGGUCAAGAAGGUGAGCAGAAGGCCAGCAUUCACCCCAGGGUACUAAGAUGUCACUGCAGGACCUCUCUGAGUUAUUUUGCAAUGAGAAGGGUAAGCUGAUGGGUCAGAUCCGAAGGGUUAUCGCACAUGGGGUUCCGUCAGGCUGGUGGCCAGUCACUGGUGGGGUUCCUCAGGGCUCCAUUUUAGGGUCAGCUCACUAAGGCAACCUGCUGGCAAUGCUCGUAAGGCAGGGUUCUUGGUAGUCGGAGCUCACUGCUCGCCCAUGGCUAAACCUCAGUGCCCAUCAGGACAGUUUGUUGUUCACAUCAGCUCGAUGGACACGGUGUCGGGACAAUAUUUAGAGACUUACAGAAGAAAGAUGAGAAGGGACAGGUCGUUCUGGCAAGACUACCUGAUGUAAGAUGCUGAUGUGAAACUAAACGGGAGAAAAUGGCACUUGGGAGGAGGGUAGGAGGGAGCACAGCGAGCGCUGCUCUCCCAGGGCCACGUCUGCUGGCCAAAAGUUAACACAGCCCAUGGUCAGCUGGAGAAUCGCUUCCUCUGCUGGAUCUGUCCCCUGCUCGGAAAGGGCUCCGGGGUGAGGGGAAUGGGGAAGUCCUUCCUCCUGUGCCCAUGGGGUGUGCAUUUCACCCAUCAGUGCCGGAGACUGGGAGCAGUGGGGUGGAACCAGCAGCACACGUGGCAGGCUGUGGUGUGUCUGUGUCAGAGCCCAGGGCACGUGUCUGAGACAAGACCAUAGAUGGAAUCAAGCAGCAGAGCGAGGGGAUAAAGCUGGGCUGAAGCUCACUUUGGGAACCCUAGCUGAGAGUGAGCCUCGGUGUGAAAAAGGAACUGCCUGCGCUGGUGCUGGGAGGAUGCAGCCUCCACCUCUUCACCGCACGUGAUUUGGAUGCUGGAGGUCUUCUGGAGCAGUGGCCAAAGAAGGAGCCAUGAGCAUCCUGGUGGUGAAGGGCAUCCUGCCCCUGCUGCUCCUUGCCUGGCCGCCCGCUGGACUGGCUGACCAGUGCUCACAAACAACUUCCGUAUCCUUAGGGUCAGAUCUCACCUUUCACUGUCUGCCAAACAGCCUUGACAGGGAAGUGGUGUGGUGUGACACCUUAAGCAAGAAGAAGAAGGCAGAGAAAGACACAGGGUCUGCUCUACACAAGGAAAAUGUUUCUUCCAACUUCACCUUUACAAGCGUGAAUGAAAAGCAUGCUGGAAAUUACACGUGCAAGAUGAAGACCUGCCCCAUUGCUGAAAACAAGAACCGCCCAUGCAAGAACCACAAGGCCAAAGAUACUUGUGGCAAGAGGAACCCGCUGUGCUGGUUCAUGCUCUGGACAGAGAAUAAGACCAUGCAUGUGAAGUGGUGGACAUGCCCAGAGCCUCCUGAUAACUGCCUGGAGCACAGCAAGGCACAUCACAGUGACAGCCAUGGCAGCAUGGAUGCAGCCAGCGCAGAGCCCAUGGUGUGCACCGUAUCCAGCAGAAGCUUCACAGGCACUGAAAAUGCCACCCAAGGGAUGGCUCCCAGCUCUGACCCCAAGACUUCUCCGACCCGUGAGCCUCAGAUUCAGGAAGGUCUCAUAGCAAUCAUCUACCUGUACGCCAUCCCCGGGUUAGUGGUUGUGACUCUUUUCCUCCUGCUUUGUAUUUUGGUGUGCCUGUGCAGAAGAAAGCAAAAGGAUGCCAAAGGAACUCCUGAAAGCAAGCAUGCAGCAGAGAUGAAUCAGCUCAGCACGCCUCCCCCAGCGCCUCAGACUGAGGACCUGACGUAUGCAAAGCUGAUCUUUGAAAGGACGGGGGCAAUACCUGCAGCCUCAGAAGUGGUGUACACAGAAAUAAAACCCCUGCAAAAGAAGUAGAGAGCUGAGGAUGGCCACACUGCUCUGCAAAGGGAAGGUCUGUCAGCAGGAAGAGUGAGAAAGGAGAGACAAGCAGCUGCUGAUAUGGCUGCCAUAGCUUGAAAACCUGGCAUUAGCUCUUAUCAGGUGCACUGGGUGAUGGAUAUGCUGGUAGAGCCCUGGAGCAGUGUUCUUCAUUUCCUCACUGUGUCCACAUCCAGCAUCCUCUGCGAUGGAUUUGGCUCUGCUCUGAUUCACACACCUGAAAAAUGACAAGCAAAGAUACAAAGGCAUCAUUUGCUGUGGAGAGAUCCAGGAUGGAUACAGCCAAAGCCCACCAGUGACCGGCCGCCAGCCUGAUGGAACCCCAUUCACUCUCUGAGCCUGGCAAGUCAGCCAGUUGCUCACCUAUAAUGUUAUAUUUCUUGCUAGCUCUAUGCUGGAUGUUUUGUCUGGAAGGAAGCAGUGUCAAAAGCUUUACUGAAACCCAAAAAGUGAACGUUGACUGGCUUCACUUGGUCAACCAGAUAGGUGGCCUUGUUGUAUAAGGAAAUGAAGUUAAUCCAACAGGACCUAUGUAAUAUAUAUACAUAUAUGUCUCUCUCUCUCUCUCUAAAAUAUCUUUUCUCUCUUUCUUUUUUCAU